UCAAUCUGGGGAGUCCAGUAUGGUUGCUGUGCAGGAGAUUGAAAAAAGGGUGUGCAAGAAUUUGUUUCCCAGUGUACCAGCCUCUGGUUCCAUGGAAUUGUCACAACAGGAGUUUCUCUUCUCUGAGGAUCUCGGGAAUCUGUUGGGGCAGGAGUUUCCGACCAGGGAUGAACCUGGCCUGGGCUUCAUGGACACUAUAAUGGAGGAGCAAGGUGUGGUGUCAAGGGGGUCUCCCCAGGAGGAUAUCUCUUUAACGGAUGAGGGGGAGGUUGAUGAGGGCACUGAUGAGGUGGUCCUCUCUGAUCAGGUCUCCAUUGAGGAAGCUACUGUUGUUACGGGUGAUGUCUCUGAGGUUACGGCACCGAGUGCAGCAGUUGGAGGCUUGGCGCCUCCUGCACAGGCCAGAGUGGUGAAGCAAAAGGGUUUUCUUCCAGGUGCUAAUACAAAAAAAAGGAAUAUGGUUUCCUUGACUUCUCCGCGUAAGAAGGUUGUCACUAAAGGGGGUGGACUGAAUGGGAAAGUCGGUUCUCACCAAGGAGGAAAACCUCCAAAUCAUCCGGUUAAUUAAUGCAUAUCUGUUGACAUUUCAGGAUCUUCCUCUUAGUCUUUCUUAAGAGGUUCACCAUCUCCCUUACACUCACUUGUAUGCUCUGUUUCUCUUACUCUAACAGAAGCAUAAAGACUCUCUCUUUACUCUCUUGUUCUUUCUUUGUUUCUUUUCAUAUGACAAACGAUUUGUAAGAGAGAAGAGAGAACACACAUUAAUUGUCUACAUUUUAUUUUCGGAUCUCAAGGAUACUUUCUUACAACACACACAUCAUACUUAUACUACUUCUACUAGUUGCACCUCCCACAUGCUCCCAUACUUAGACCAUCAUGACUCUUACACAUUAGACCACGCUCCUAGGUACUAACCCUUACACAUCAUAGGUUUGCUUUCUUACACAAGCCACACUACUAUUACAACAACUCUCUUAGCUAGGCUUUAACCAAACAAAUGACUAAGUCACAACACAACUUUCUACUUUGUCUUGUCCUUGGUCUCUUGCUUCUACUUGUCGAGUCCAUCUUCCACAUGGACCACCAAAAACAUCUUUCUCUUUGGGCCUAAAUCAAGUUAGUAGCCCAUGACAAAACACACAGGCUUGUUGACCUUUUUCUUGUCGUUGACUCUUCUUCUUCUUCUUCACGGAGCUUUGCUUCUUUUUCUUUGUUCUUCGACUCACUGAUUUCUUCUUUCUCUUUGUUGCAGAUUUAAUCAAGAACUCAAUUCUCAACAGUAUCGUAAGUAGAGGGCAGCAUGGUGGUGAGCAAGCCUUGGUCUGGGCUCCUUUGUGGUUUUUGUUUUCUCUUUUUCUGUUUUCUUUGAAUAAAGCACCAACGGUUGAUCCAUAUGGUUGUAUUCUUCUUAUGCUUCGGUUGUUAUUGUUGCUUUUCUCUUGUAUUUUUCUGGGUUGUACCCGAUGUUCUUCAAGUUUUCGAGUAAUAAAUAAAACCUGUUGGCCCGGUGUUUGUCUUU